UCCAAAAAAAUGACAAGUUGCAUAAAAAAUCUACAUUAUCACCAAAUUACUUGGAAUCGGUGGAAACAAAUCCUUUGACACAUAUAUAAAUGGCUUAAGUUACAAACAUGGAAUCCAUACUUGCUAUUAUCAGACCGAAACAAAACAUCCAUGGCCAAGAUUUCAAGGCAAAAUUGUACGACAUUUUACUUUUGGAUCACAAAAUUGUGGACAGACAUUCAAAACCAUCCAAGUUUCUACCAUCUUUCACACUAGAUUUAAAUCGUGAACCAAGGGAAGAUAUUUUGUCUUAUGUCUACUCUAUGACCGGUGGAGAGUAUGGCGGAAUCAAGGGUGAGCGUGCGCUUGUUAUUCCCUGGAAAGACAGUAAAGAAGCAAAACGCUCUUCGUUGUCCAGUUUUACAUUAUACUGCAUUCCAGUCAGCCACCGGGAUAAACUGAACAAUUCCUUUGUUGAAAAGUCCCAGAACUUUCCAGGAUUUUAUUCACUUGAACAAGUUAUCUCCUCGUUGGUUUCCAACUCGAUUAACUUUCCCCCAUUGACAAAAUCCUUUGUGAUGCAUAUUGAGCAUUGGCUGAAAGAAAUCCAUACAAAGCCUGGAGUGCUGGAUUAUGUAUUUAAAUCAAGAGCAGAUUUCAGAGUGAAAAUGAUAGUGAGCAGUCCGGUAUUUAUUGGUAUCUCCAGCAUUGGUGGUUCAAAUCUGAGAUGUGAAAUCUCAGAAAGUCUGAGAAUUGCUGCUAACGAGUCCCUAGCAAGGAUGAUGGCAAUUGAAAAAUGUACGAAGGUUGUGAUAAAUCCAUUGUUUGGGUCAGGACUGGCUGGAAAAGGAAGAAGAAAGCAACCUCUGCCUCCAGUAGAUUAUCCAUCAGGGACAAUAUCCCGAAAAAGCAGCUUGAACAGUACUGUAGAUCCUGAUAGAUAUUCUUUAGAGGAGAGAGAACUGUAUCCCCUUCACAUGUAUGCAUCAAAAGGUGAUGUUCUGAAAGUUGAAGAGUAUAUUUCCCGUGGCCUUUCUCUUGAAAAAAGGGAUGCAUACGGAUGGGCACCAAUACACUUUGGGGCCUAUUUUGGACACCAUGACAUUGUCCAAAUGUUGUUAUCGGCUGGUUGUUCCCCAAACAUUGUGAAUUUGGAUGAUAGAACGCCUCUUCACCUUGCUGCAAGGACUGGAAACAUUGAUGUAGUCAAUGUGCUUUUAAAUCAUCCAGAAAUUGACAUUAAUGUGGUCGACAAAACAGGUCAAACUGCUCAAGAUACAUGUGAGCAAAAACUGGGAUGGGAACAUAUCAAAGUUUCCAAAAGAAUUGAGAUGGCAUCCCGCAUGCCGAAGCAAAUUCAGGUUUGGGUGAUGGACGGCAGCCAUAAGAGCCUAAGCCUUGUUGAUGGUGCUAACACCUCAGUCCAACAGCUAAACCAGCAGAUGCUCCGUGAGUACCACAUGCCGGAGACCCCGUACGCUGACAUAUUCACUAUCUGGAUCUGUUCUCCGAGUCUUGAACUGCAGUUGAAACCUGAACACAAGCCUCUGGAGCACAUGAACAACUGGAAGAGAAGAAUUGUGGGCAAUUUGACAGAUGGUAAUCCAGACACUGAGGAGCCACAUUUGAAAUGGCGAAGAAACGCGAAAAUCAGCCUGAUAGUUGAAUGUGAAGUAACACAUCCUGAUGCCGUGAAACUGCUUUUCCAUGAAGCUAGGCAUAACUACAUCAAUGCAUUAUAUCCAUGUAAAGAGCAAGAUGUGUUACAGUGUGCGUCGAUUUUGUUGUAUCUGAAAUACGGGUCUGCUGAGCAGCAAGUGGCUAAAUCGUAUGUGUCACAGAAUCGACAUCUGUCACAGCUGGUACCAAUGCCAAAUCUCCACUCUCAUUCAAACUGGUCUGGUAGAAUCUACCGCCACUACAAGGAGUUCUGCAGUUCGAGUACGAGAGAUAACCAUGUGAACCCACAGAGUCAGUUUCUCAAUGUUUGUCGCAAACUUACCGUGUACGGUUCCGCCUUCUUUACAGGAAACCUCCAGGCAAGCUCAAAGUCAAAAGAUCUUGUUAAGUGCCUGAUUGCAGUCAACGAUGUCGGCAUACACAUUAUUCAUUACCAAACGAGACAGAUGCUGCACACAUACAAGUAUUCAGAAAUUAGCUGGCAGAUUCCGCAGCAGUACGGCGUGCUCGAGUUGACCGUAGUACGGACAGAUUCACGGUCUGUAGAACGCCAUAACCCUCGAACACCACUUAAACUUGUUACAAAACAAGCAGGCAUGAUCAAUCCGCUGAUGAAAAAAUUGUCAAGAAUGACAAUACCAUACAAUAUUUGAAGAUGUGAACAAGUAUGGUAUUUGGUGCUUUUUUCUGUUCACUUAUUUAUUUAUUCGAAAAUAGUGCAAGGAAAAUAUAGUGAUUAAUAAUGUUCAUGAAACAAAGUCUUUCACCUACUGUUAAAGCUGCACUCUCACAGAUUGACUGUUUGGCAUCAAUGCCUUCAACUUGGUCAUAUAAGAUUACAAUUACAAUUUAUGUAGUGUUAGUAAUGCUUUUAGUUAUAGAAAAUAAAUCUUCAAUCAUAAAUCUGAUGAACUGCCAUCUAAUCUUUAUUCAGCUUUCUUAUGUCAGUGGUUUCCAAACAUUUAAGCAAAAAUUGGCUCAUUCUAAGACAAAAGGUAAAAAAGUUGUCAAAACUGUCAAUCUGUGAGAGUGCAGCUUUUAAAUAAUAUUGUUAUUAUUAGCCUUCAUUUGAUGGAAUAUAUGCUGUGCUAAUAUCAGGCUUUUAGAUAUUUUUUAAGAUAGUUACGUUUUGUACAUGUAGACUUGUUAGUAAGAUGAAGGGUAGAACUGAAUAGGGCUGCACAAAACGCUUCUUCAAAAAAUAUUUUCUUCACUUAUUAUGCUGUAAGAAUAUUAGGAAAAUUUUGAAGAAUACAGGCAUUAAAGAACCAUUUUCAGGUAUUCUACAGUAAAUGCAAAUUUAGUUGAAUUACGGCAAACUUUAACCAGUAAAAAGUUACAUAUAUAUCUAUUUUUUAUUCCUGAUCUCGCGAUUUAAGCAUUUGCCAAAAUUGAUUUGUACGCCUGAGUGUAGUGGAAUAUGCCUAUUUUCUUCCCUGUAAACCAAUUUUAAUUGAAUUGUUGCUAGCCAUUAGAAUAAGAACUAAAUAAUGAGAAAUUUUACUCUAUUACUUUAGAUAUAUAAUUUUUGAGCCAUGUUGUUAUUUUAACUGAAUAUGAUGAUUUUGUUGCCUUUAGAGCUGCACUCACACAGAUAUAACUUUUUUUAUUUUUUUGUCUUAGAAAGAGCAAAUUUUUGCGUACAUAUCUGCAAAUCAAUGAUAUCAGAUUGCUGACAAAAAAUCAGAUCGUAGCAGAAAUAUGAAAAUUAAUGUUUUAUGGCUUAAACCAUUACUAAAGGUUUAAGAAAAAUGCAUAAAACAUCAAUUUUUGAACUUAAAUAUAAAAAUCUGUGAUCUAAGUUUUUGUAAGCAAUCUUGUAUCACUGGUUUCCAUGGAUUUUCGCAAAAAUUGGCUUGUUCCAAGACAAAAAAUAAAAAAGUUGUCAAAACGUUCAAUCUGUGAGACUGCAGCUUUAAAUAAGUACUGUCAUGCUCACUUCUGCUUUAUCAAAAUGCUGAUAUUAAUAUAUUUACAUUGCUUAUAAUUUUUUCUGCCAUUGUUGUCUUAUUUUUACAUUUUUUUUUUUUUUAAAUCAUGAUGCAGGGCUUCCGUUACAUGAAGUUUGUAAGUAUUUUACCUGGUACUUCCAAGAAAUGGGCUUAAUCUUUCAAAUUGUGGUUGUUGGAAGUACAGAAACUUCCAACAUUUUGGAUAAAAAUUCCAAUGUUGAAAGUUUGGAAGUUACAAAUAUUAAAGCCUGGUGUUGAUGUAACAUUUAAGGCCUCAUUAUCAAUAAGUUUUGAAAUAAUAUGGAUUGUUUAAAUAACGUUUGAAGUUGUCAUGUUAAAGUUGCGAAUUAUUUAAUAUUUUGAAUGAGUAGUUGUACAAUAAUGGAGAAAUUUCUAGCGUUACAUAGAGUGAUGAUAGACUUAAACUUACAUGUUUUAACCAGGGAAGAAAACAUCCAAAACAGAUAGCAGUGAAGUUUCAUUAUGCACUUCCAGUUUUACAGGGUGUCCAACAUAAAUUAUUUUUGGGGAAUUAUAAGUGAGUGACAUGUUCAUUGUGGAACCAAAUGGCGGAUUGUUUGAGUAUUUUGGUGUGUUUGAAGGAUAUUUUGACCUGAUGAGUAAGUUUAUAUCACUUAUCGCAAUAUAAAUACACCUACCCAGAGCAAGAAGUGUAAUGCUUCAAGAAACAUAGGUUAAAAAACGAAGAAGCUGAAAACACCAAAAUACCGGUACCCGAACAAACCGCCAUUUUGUUCUGCAUCAAACUUGUCCCUCACUUAAAAUUCCGCAAAAAUAAUUUACGUUGGACCCUCUGUUUUUAAACUCUUCAUAGAAGUCUUAGUGAUGAACCUGUUGUAUACAGUCUUGUCAGUCUCAAUUGUACCCUUUAUUGUUGUUAGGCCAAAUCCAAUAGAUUCCAUGUUAAGGUUCCAGUUUUAAAACCUACCUUGCAGUCCGUGAAAAUGACAAAACGUAGCUUCAGUUCCAGACUGUUUUAAAAGCAUUUGUUAUUUUUUUUUUUUAAAUCAGUUUUAAGUUGUUGUUUUUUCACCAAAAUUUCAAAAACCUUUUAAAAUGCAAGAUGUCCAUGAUAUAUAAAAAUAUUAACAUGUAGUGCCCUCAGUGAGGGUAAGAAAAAAAUACUUUAAACAACACCAAAGUUCUGGGUAGGGAAACACCAAACAAACUAUUUGUUAAUUGUGGCCUCAAGUAAUGAACUUCUUGUAAUGUUUUGCUGAGUCUGUCCUCCUCAUGUUUUGAAAAUCACCAACAUUUGAAGCUUAUAACAAACUUUAACUGCUUUCUGUACACAUAAAUCCUGUUGUAUGUCGAAAAGGGUUUUAUAUAGAGGGUCAUAGUUUGUGUCAGUGAAAGAUUGUAAUAUAUUUCACCGAGUAAGCAACAAAACAAUAUUUCAUGACUGGCACAGCCACAAAGGUAAUAUUCACUUUCAUGUUCAUGAAGUAAAAUGUAUUGCAAUCUUUGUCUUUUUAAAACAAGCCUCAAGAAGUGUAAUUAUGAGGCAAUAGACUGUAUUUUAUCAGAAAAAUGUGCCAAUUUUUAUGAGUGGGUAUCAUCAUUUUGGAAAUGACGUUGUCAAUAUCGUGUCCCAGUACUUUAUGCGCUGCAUGAUCUUUGUAGCAUACCAGGCUUAUUUUUUAAAACAGUAAAAAAACAUAAAAUUGAUAUUUUCACUGUUUGAAACAGUUUUAAAGCAUCGUUUUAAAAAGAAAUUCAAUGGUGAAUCAUUCUAGAUCUUUAAAAUGUAUAUAAGUGAUUCUAUAUAUAAUAAUACAUGAUUAAGUGAUUCUAUAUAUAAUAAUACAUGAUUAAGUGAUUCUAUAUAUAAUAAUAAAUGAUUAAGUGAUUCUAUAUAUAAUAAUACAUGAUUAAGUGAUUCGUUAAAACUUGUUAAUACACUUAUUAACAGAACACUUGUAUGAAUUCUACUAGGGCAAGCUCUUUUCCUUCACUGUUUUUGUGGAAUUUUAUUUAAACAUUUACUGGUAGAUGUUAUAAAUUUGGAUCUCGCAAAAUAAUGCAUUGUUGUACUCUUUUAAAUAUUUUGAACAUUUCUUAUGAAAGAAUAACAGGUUUCCAUAGCAAAUUUUCUUUGGUAUAUUUACAACUUACUUUAUCACUUUUUGAAUAAGUUUUUGGAGUUUGCUUUUUGCUCUCAGAGCCAGACAAGUGGGUUUUCCCUGGAUACUCUGAUUUCCCCCAGAGCGCAAGACCACACUCUCGCUCAAAAUUGUGUCAACAAGAUUUUCUAAGCAUAAAUUAUUAUAACUUUCUUCACAAUUGUUGUAAAAUAUAUAUAAAGUUUAAACUAUAUAUAUAUUGGAUUAUCAAUUCAAAGAGUUUCUAAAAUUAUAAAAAAACACUGUACUGGGUUUAGUUUUGCUAUUUAUAGUACUACAUAGCAUUUCAUUGUCAUAUCAUUGUUUCUGUCUGUUGUUUUAUUGCAAUACUUUUAUAAUAUGUUACAUACACUUAAAGGAGCACUUUAUAGGUGGAUGCAAAAAACAAAAUUAUUUAAAAAGUAUUAACUAUAUUUUGGUGCUCUUUUGCCUGAAGAAUUUGUGACAUAGAUUUUAAAAAAAAUCAUAAUAAAGUGUGUGUGUUUUAAAUCUGUAUCUAUAUCAUUACAUUUUUUUAUUUUAAUCAUUUACAGGCCUUCCAGCGUUCCUACUUUUUCCUACUUUUUUAACAGCUUCCUACUUUUUCCUACUUUUUUCUAAAAAAACUCCUACUAUUCCUACUUUUUUGAAAAUAAAGUCCGCAAAAAUAUUAAAGUUUGAUCUUUGUGCUAGUUUUAUUUGCAGAAAAUGAACAAAAGAUGUCAAACUGGCUGGUUUCUGUUGUUGAAAGGUGUGGCAACAUGUGCCACUUUGACGUGCAUCAUCUUUUCACCCACACAGUUCAGCAACAGAAACCGAGCAUCAUUCACUAAAAUAUUCAUAUGUGGCAUAUAGAAUGGUAUGAUUUUGCAUUAAAAACAUCUCCUCUAGGUAAGUUAAUAGCUAUUAAUAAUUACUUAUUUAACCAAAAAUAUUCCUACUUUUCCUACUUUUUUGUAAAAAAUAUUCCUACUAUUUCGUUCUUUUCUGUCAGAAAACCUCCUACUUUUUUUUAGUGGCUGCUGGAAGGCCUGCAUUUAAGUAAAAAAAGUUUAACAUGAGAAUGCAUUAGAGUAAAUCUCUUUUUUUGCAUUAUCCUAUAUUGUGCUGCUUCAACCGUGUAAUUUGUUGUUGCUAGUUAAAGGGGAAAAUAAAUUAUUUAUGCUUC